AUGGCAGACUACCGGGACGAUACAGGAGCUCGAGCUCUGCUUGCUUUACAGUCGGCGCCGUGCAGCCCCGUGCGCGUUGCAGUGACCUCCCAUGCCUACCACCAGCCCUCGCUUACCCUCUUGGGUCCCCCGGUGAUGGAAGCCCGCACUGAUGCCGGCAUUUUUCCAUCGCGGCUAACCUCUACUCCCCCGCAGGCCGUGGCCAGGCUCGAGGGCCGGGACUUUGAGUUUGUCAUGCGCCAGAGGACGGUCACCAUAGGCCGGAACUCGUCUCACGGCUCUGUGGAUAUCAACAUGGGUCACUCGAGCUUCAUUUCACGAAGACACCUGCAAAUCACCUACGAUGACAAAGGCGGUUUCUCCCUGCGGUGCCUGGGGAAGAACGGCGUGUUCGUUGACGGGGUGUUCCAGCGGAGAGGAGCGCCACCGCUGCUGUUGCCCAGAGAGUGUGUGUUUCGUUUUCCCAGCACUGCAAUCAAGAUCCACUUUAUGUCGCUUCUGGAUGCUGAGGAGUACAGGGAGAAAGAGCAGCCCUCUCCCCCCCCUCGCCCGCUUUUCCCCCACAUUUCACCUCUUAAAAUCAGCAUUCCCACUGCACAGCAACACGAAGAACACAUCCGGGCGUUUGGAUCUCCCCUUCCUUCACCCACGGGCACCAUCAGUGUUCCUAGCUCCUGUCCAGCCAGUCCGCGUGGGGCAGGGUCCUCAGGGUAUCGCUAUGGACGCAAUGUGACCUCUGACCUCCAGUUAGCAGCUGAAUAUGCUGCACAGGCUGUUUCUGAACAGAGGAGAAAUCUCGCCGAGCAGAGAGGGGGAGGAAAUGACCAGCGAGGGGAGCCAAUGGGAGGAGACAGCCCCAAGGACGAGUCCAAGCCACCUUAUUCCUAUGCACAGCUGAUUGUCCAAGCUAUCUCUUCAGCCCCGGACAAACAGCUGACCCUCAGUGGCAUUUAUGCCCACAUCACCAAACACUACCCCUACUACCGCACUGCAGACAAAGGCUGGCAGAACUCAAUCAGACACAAUCUGUCACUCAACCGCUACUUUCUGAAAGUUGCCCGCUCUCAGGAUGAGCCGGGGAAAGGAAGUUUUUGGCGCCUCGAUUCUGCCUCUGAAAACAAGCUGGUGGAGCAGGCUUUCAGGAAAAGACGGCAAAGAGGAGUGGCUUGCUUUAGGACUCCGUUUGGGCCGCUGUCUUCGAGGAGUGCUCCUGCUUCCCCGACCCACCAGGGACUUCUCUCUCCUCCAUCCAGCGGGCUGCAGACUCCUGAAUGUCUCAGCAGGGAGGGCUCCCCUAUCCCCCAUGACCACCACGAACAGCUGGCAAGCAAACUAGCAUCUGUGCCCGAGUACAGAUAUUCCCAGAGCGCCCCAGGCUCUCCAGUCAGCGCUCAGCCUGUCAUCAUGGCCGCCCCUCCUCACCCAACAGUCCUGAACUCAGGCCUGGGGAAAGCCCUUGCUUUAGUUCCAGGUGGCGGCGGCCAAGUCCAGCCCAUCCAUGUGCUCCAGGGCACCCCUCAGCCCUCUGUUACCAUGGUGCGUGUGGUCACCAGCGCCCCUCCAUCCUCUAACCCUCCAAAUGGGUACAGUGCCCCCCCUGUUGGAGGAUUAGAGGGCAACAGUGACAUCAGAGAUGCCCAGCUUGGCAGAGAGCGUGUGAUCCAGACUGUGGACAGUGCAGUGCAGGGCAGUGAAGGACGCCACCUGACCCCUGGAUUACACCAACUUCCUGUUCGCCCCAUUACGCAGAAUGGCAAACAUACAAGUGCUGCUGUUUCCACAGCAACAAGCCCUGCUAAUGCUUCUGGUCUGAACAGUCCUUUGCAGAUCCUGGCUGCUCAGGCCUCCAGCUCCCCUCCGGUGUUGGUGAGCAGACAGCCCAGCGCUGACCCUUCAGCUGAGCAGUCGGCUGAGCCCCAGGCCAAGCGGCCCAAGAUGGAGGACGAGGGAGGGACUGAAUCUGCCCCGCAUCAAGUCACACCUGCUCAGCAGCCUGUCAUUGUUGCCAUGACAUCACAAACCCAUGACCUUAGGCAAUAA